CACUUCUCUUUUCGAUUUCUCGUUGUGUAGACGCAGUUAUCUUCACAAAGAUUCCUGCAUCUUGAAUUAUUCCACUGCCUUUGUGCGUUAAACUGCGUCUAUCUGCUUCCUGCAGUCGAACUUCUUAUCUUUCUGUUAUUACCAGUUAGUUCUAUUAUACGCCACUGGUGACGUCGUCACAUCCGCCUUUCCAUCAUGAGAGUAAUAAUCAGAGAGAACCCUCAGGGUGCCUCAGAAUACAUUGCGGAGUAUAUUAUCAGCCGCAUAAAGGACUACAAGCCAACCCCGGAUAAACCCUUUGUAUUGGGUCUCCCGACUGGAAGCAGCCCUGAGAUCAUCUACAAGAUCCUUGUGCAGCGAUACAAGGAAGGGGAGAUCUCAUUUCGCAAUGUUGUUACAUUCAAUAUGGACGAAUACGUUGGUCUUCCGCGCGACCACCCCGAGUCUUACCACAGCUUUAUGUACAAGAACUUCUUCUCACAUGUCGACAUCCCACCUGCCAACAUCAACAUCCUGAACGGCAAUGCUCCAGAUCUGGCAGCCGAGUGCGCAGCCUACGAGGCUAAGAUCGCCCGCUACGGGGGCAUCGAGCUUUUCCUAGGUGGUGUCGGCCCUGACGGUCACAUUGCGUUCAACGAGCCUGGCUCUUCCUUGGCCAGCCGAACUCGAGUCAAGACUUUGGCAUACGACACGAUUCUUGCAAACUCCCGAUUCUUUGACAACGAUGUGAACAAGGUCCCAAGAAUGGCUCUGACCGUCGGUAUCCAGACCAUCAUGGAUGCCCGUGAAGUAGUGAUCGUGGUGACUGGCGCGCACAAGGCUUUGGCACUUCAGCAUGGUCUCGAGGGUGGAGUCAACCACAUGUGGACGCUUUCCGCGCUGCAGCUACACCCUCACCCUCUCAUCGUGGCUGAUCGUGAUGCCACUAUGGAGUUGAAGGUGAAGACGGUCAGGUAUUUCGAGUCUAUCGAACAGGCGGGCACGGACGCGCGGACGCAGGGGCCACCGCUUACUUACCGUCCGCGCACGUACGUUCCCGCUCCGGUCCCCGUCGCCCAGCAGCCCACUCCGCAGACGACGCCCCAGAAAGUCCCCAAGGACCUGAGAGUCGACACAGAAUUGCGCCGUUCCAUGGAGGAAGAUGGCGAGCUUACGCCGGACAGCAUGUCUUCGCGCAUACAUGACUCGGCCGUCGCUGGCCUCUCUGCGACGCUAAAGGGUGAUCUCAUGUUCGAUCGUAUGCACGCCAGGGUCGCCACUCCUACGGUUUGAGCAAUAAGCUACAGAAGCACACUCGAGGCGUUCCAAGAUAUCCGGCAAAUCUAGAUUGACAUGAUCGCAACGGCUUUUUUUCUUUUCUCUCUCCCUCUCUCUUUCGGGCGCAGCACAUUCUAUUCCCAACUCUCGACUUCAAGAGGGACAAAAUUGACAUGGCAGAUCUUGCUUUGAGCAUUUAGAUUCUAUUUUUCUUCUUUUUUUAUUA